CGCAACGAUGGCCCGUCGUCAUCCGCCACCAAAAACCAACACCGUAGCUUCAAUGCCGGAACAAACUGGCGUCACAACUGCCCGAACCGCCAUCCCACACCUCAAUGUGGGUGCAGGAGUUAGAAAAAAGACCACCGGAAUCCGGCAAUGGCUCCUGGUGGAUUGCACAGGUCAGGGCCAAUUGGUUGAGGCAGGCAAACAUUCCGUCAUGCGACGGACAGGCUUACCGGCACGUGAUCUCCGGAUACUUGACCCAAUAUUGUCUUAUCCCUCGACAGUUCUUGGUAGAGAACGGGCCAUUGUAAUUAAUUUGGAGCAUAUUAAGGCUAUUAUUACCGCACAUGAGGUGCUUUUGUUGAAUUCGAAAGACCCGUUCGUUGCUCCAAUUGUUGAAGAGCUUCAACGGCGUCUCAUGCGUCGCUAUUGCUCGAUUGCAUGUCAGGACAGAAUCACAAAUUCUGAUGAUACAGACUGGACAAACAUGUAUGAUCUAGGAGAACAGAAAUCAAAGGGAGUUAGCUCUCCAAGUGUAUCCACAACCAGCCAAGAUAGAAGUGAUCAGCAGGUUAAUACUGAUGGAACACCUUCUCUUAAUAGCCAAGAUGGACUCAAACUCCUCCGGUUCGAGUUUGUCGCACUCGAGACCUGCAUAGAGGCAGCUUGCAGUUCCUUGGAUAAAGAGGCAAGAACAUUGGAGAAAGAAGCUCAUCCUGCAUUGGAUAAGUUGACUUCAAAGAUUAGUACUCUAAAUUUGGAACGUGUUCGCCAAAUCAAAAGUAGGUUGGUUACUAUUUCAGGGCGCGUUCAAAAGGUUAGGGACGAAUUAGAACACCUGCUUGAUGAUGAUCAAGAUAUGGCUGAAAUGUAUCUGACUGACAAACUUGAACGACAACUUGAAAACGCUUCUGUAAGUUCUGUAAACGAGCAAGAUCAUGUGGAUGAACAAGUUCUUCAAUCAGAUUUCGAUAAUGAAAACCCCAUCAGAGUUCCUAUGGAAGGCGAUGAGAUCAUACAUGAAGUUAAUUUUCAAAGAAUGGACAGCCAACAAGAACGGUUUUACGGGCCUAAUGCAAUUGGAAGAGACAGCCGCAUGACUAGAACUAGCAUAGCACGAAACGGUGUUAUCAAACAUCGUGAUGUUGAGGAACUUGAAAUGCUGUUAGAGGCCUAUUUUGUUCAGAUUGAUGGUACCAUGAAUAAGUUAUCAACGCUGAGGGAAUAUGUGGAAGACACAGAAGAUUACAUAAACAUAAUGUUGGAUGACAAGCAGAAUCAUCUGUUACAAAUGGGUGUCAUGUUGUCAACCGCAAGUUUGAUAGUGAAUGCAUUUGUAGUUGUGGUGGGCGCGUUUGGAAUGAACAUUAAUAUCGACCUUUUUAAAGGUGAUACCCCGGAAGAAAAGGAAACGGGUAUGCAUAAAUUUACAUGGACCGUUGGUGGUUGCACCACGGGUAGCAUCUUCUUGUAUAUUAUCGCUAUCGCUUGGUGUAAAAACCAAAGGCUUCUAGAGUGAUUUAAGUUGGAAUGAGAACCAUUAAAAAUAGUUAGAAACCAAAGAAAACACUUUUUAGUCAUUGUGUCAUAUUUGAAUGGACGG